GUGCGGCUUCCGCGACAAGGGCCCAGCAAUGGGGAAGACGCGUGCGGCCGCCGGGAUGGAGGGAGAUGCUGUGCACGGAGGGCAGCGAGCCGGGCGUGAUGUCUCCUUUCCCUCUUGUCUCGGGGAGGGGAGGUGCCCCGCCCCAAGCCGCCCAGGAGCUUCCUCGCCCGCUUCUGGAACUAGCACCGAGUUUCCCUGAGCCUCCAGAUUAUUUUAGGAAGAAAACAGACUGGGAAAAAUAAUGAAGUUCCAUGUCUUCGUAUUUGUUGCUGUUGUUCACCUUUUAUCCCUGAACUCUGGGAAAGCUGUAUAUGGGAAUGGCAUCUCUCAGAGGACUUUUCAAGAAAUAAAAGAAGAAAUAGCCUGCUAUGGAGAUGUUGCUAAAGCAAUCAUCAACCUUGCUGUUUAUGGUAAAGCCCAGAACAGAUCCUAUGAGCGAUUGGCUCUUCUGGUUGAUACUGUUGGACCCAGACUCAGUGGUUCCAAGAGCCUAGAAAAAGCCAUCCAAAUCAUGCACCAAAACCUGCAGGAAGAUGGGCUGGAGAAUGUCCACCUGGAGCCUGUCAAAAUACCCCACUGGGAAAGGGGAGAAGAAUCUGCUGUGAUGCUGGAGCCGAGAAUUCACAAGAUGGCAGUUUUGGGUCUUGGCAGCAGCAUUGGGACCCCCCCAGAAGGCAUUACAGCAGAAGUUCUGGUGGUGACCUCUUUUGAUGAACUGCAGAGAAGGGCCCCAGAAGCAAGAGGGAAGAUUGUCGUUUACAAUCAACCUUAUACCAACUACUCGAGGGCAGUGCAAUACCGCAUCCAGGGGGCGGUGGAAGCUGCCAAAGUGGGGGCUUUGGCAUCCCUCAUUCGAUCAGUGGCUUCCUUCUCCAUCUACAGCCCUCACACAGGUAUUCAGGAAUACCAGGAUGGUGUGCCAAAGAUCCCAACAGCUUGUAUUACGGUGGAAGAUGCAGAGAUGAUGUCAAGAAUGGCUUCUCGUGGGAGCAGAAUUGUCAUUCAGCUGAAGAUGGGGGCAAAGAACUACCCAGAUGCUGAUUCCUUCAACACUGUAGCAGAGAUCAUUGGUAGCAAGUAUCCGGAGCAGGUUGUACUGGUCAGUGGACAUCUGGACAGCUGGGAUGUCGGGCAGGGUGCUAUGGAUGAUGGUGGAGGAGCCUUUAUAUCAUGGGAAGCACUCUCGCUUAUUAAAGAUCUUGGGCUGCGUCCAAAGAGGACUCUGCGUUUGGUGCUCUGGACUGCAGAGGAGCAAGGUGGAAUCGGUGCCUUGCAGUAUUACCAAUUACACAAGGCAAAUAUUUCCAACUACAGCCUCGUGAUGGAGUCUGACCUGGGGACCUUCUUACCCUCUGGGCUGCAGUUCACUGGCAGUGACAAGGCCAGGGCCAUCGUGGAGGAGGUCAUGUGCCUGCUGCAACCCAUCAAUAUCACACAGGUCUUUAGAGCUGGAGAAGGGACAGACAUUAACUUCUGGAUCCAAGCUGGAGUACCUGGAGCCAGUCUACUUGAUGACCUAUAUAAAUAUUUCUCCUUCCAUCACUCCCAUGGAGACACCAUGACUGUCAUGGAUCCAAAGCAGAUGAAUGUUGCCGCUGCUGUUUGGGCUGUUGUCUCUUAUGUCAUUGCAGACGUGGAAGAAAUGCUGCCCAGGUCUUAGCAAGAGCAAGAGAGAAGCCACUUUUGUCCUUUCUGGCCAGGAAUCCUGGGUCUGCAGCUUCAAGAAGCCCUGCUUCACCUAACAAUUUUAUGUGAUCAUUUACAAAGCACAGCACUUUUUCAUACUUUCAGAUAUCAUCUUUCUUGAUACUUUCCAAAUUCUCUGUUCCUAGUGUAAGGAAUAAGCCCCACCCCCACAAAGAAUCAGCCAAUGGAAGAGAUCACAGUGGGGGAAUUUCUUCACACCACAUAUUAAAAAUACUGUUUCUACUUUGAAAGUAAAUACUGGAUAAAGCUUUGGAAGACCUCUGGCUUUUAUGCGUGUAUUGCCGAACAUUAAGUACAGUGACCACUAUUUCGUUAAGUUCCUCAUUGAAGGAGCAGAGCAGUACACGACUGUAGUACAGUCGUAGGUGGAUGUACGGAGGCAUCUGGCUUUCUAAUGGGUACAUUUUUAUAUUAUUAGAAUGUUUUAAGGAGGUUAAAUUUUUUUUAAUUCACACAAAAAAAGUCACCAUUUGGGGAAAAAAUCAAGUAUGUAAAAUCCAGUUG